AGGAAAAUGCCAAACUAUUACAAAACUGAAAUGUGGGAUUUGGUACAGGAAAAAUUUGACAUUGACCCAUUCGUUGAACCUUGGAUAUCGAGUUCCUUAAGUAGCAAGUGGAGGAAUUUUAAGUCUUCUGUGAAAAGGGAUUGGUUUCAAUGUAAAGAGCGGGACGAAAGGGUAUCUGAUGAUGAUUGGGCAUGGCUAUUACGAUAUUGGAGCACAGACAAAGCUUUGAAAAAGGAAGUGGUGGGCAAGGAAAAUAGGGGCAGAGUGCUAUCAGCACACACCUUGGGUUCCAAAAGCUAUGCUUGCAAGAGAGACGAGAUGGCGGAAUCUAGGCCGGACAAGUCUGAGCCGACUAGAGCCGAGGUUUAUGUUGCUGCUCAUGUGCGCCCGAAUGGGACUCCAUUGAAUGACAAAGUUGCAAAGGUUAUUGAAAGGAUCAACGAAAAGAAAACUCAAAUAGAGCCUUCUCAUCAUGAUAGUCCUGGACCGCAUGACAUACUAUCACAAGCACUAGGAGAGGACAAAUAUCAUCACUCGAGAACAUUUGGAUUAGGUUCAGGUUGGGGCGUGAAGAAUUCUCGUGUGUCAAUAUUAAAGAAAGCAUUAGAGGCUAAAAGAAAUGCAGAAGAGAAUGCGGAAAAGAUGAAAGGAGAGCUGCAGGAGGUGAGAGCGGGACAAGGAAAAAUCAUGACCUUGCUGCAUAAACUUCAUCCAAAUGUGAGCAUUGAUGAAUUGUUAGACUCAACAACACAGGUACGUCUUUUUUUUUUAAUUUAG